AUGGCGGCCCUGUUCAAACAUAACGUCUUGUCAAGAUUACAUAGAGACACGACAUCGAUCAAUGUUCUAGUCUCUUUAAUGUCAUUGAAGGCUUUGCCGACUUAUCGCUGUUCGUUAUGUAAACCAGGAUACCACGCGUUAACUAACUGUACAGUAGAUAGAGACACAGUGUGUACGCCAUGUCCGGAGGGCAGUUUUAAACAUAAGUUUAAUUCAGAUAUUGAGUGCAAUCAAUGCUCACAAUGUGGAGUCGGUUUAUUUGUAUUAAACGAGUGCAGUAGAACUUCAGAUGUGUUUUGUGAAUCAUGUGCAUCAAAAACUCAUAUACAUCUCAAAACAUAUCUUGAAUUUUGUCUCGGCGUCCACGACGAGGUGGCAAAUAUGCAAGCAGACGAAACCUUUGUCAAUAAAGACGAACUGAAAAUUAAUAUAAACACAAACAAAGAAAGUCAAACUGACACCAGCAAACACAAAACUACAAGUAAUCAGCAUCCUAAAGGAGUUGAUAAAACCGGAAGUGCGCUAUUGGAGAAUUUAGUUGUCCUUCCAGAGGACGAAGCUGAAAAAGACAAUCUACUUCCGGUUUACACGACCAAAGAACCGAUUGAAACAGACGAGAGUUCUUUAUAUGAAUAUAAGGAAAUUUCCAUUACUGAUAAUUUCGAAGGCAGUGGAGAAGGUAGUGGUGCCGAUGUUUUUAUGCAAACGACGCCAUUAGUUGAAGAGCUGCCCUCUUCUGGCGAAGGGGAGAUAAUUCUAAAAGAUAAUGGUGAGAAUAAUGAUAGUAUUGAAACUGUAGUAGUAUUUGGUAUUAAUAGCUUUAGAACUUUCCCACCAGGAGAAGAAGAAGAAGAUGAAGAGGUUAUUGUUGUAUCACCAGGUGCUGAAAAAGAUUCAGAACAACUACAUACAGCAGCUGUUGACAAUAGAACAAGAGCAGCCAUUAUCAUUGCGGUAGCUGUAGGCUCUGUAGUUUUCUUUACUGUUGGAUUCUUUGUUAGCCGUCAUUACCGACGAAAACGAUCAUUGAGAAUAUCAGAGAAAACUCCAUCACAGAAUCAUGUACACGACAGUAAAGAUGGAAUAGAGUUCCAGGAUUUCAGUUCUAAGUCUAAAAUUUAUACCGCACCAGAAAUGUCGAAUAAAAAUGGAAGUUAUAAAAAGUUAGAUGGGGGCAAUAUAGAGGAUUUAUAUGCUACGACAUUGAAGAAAGAUUUACGAUCACGGAAUGGAUCUGAUCAAGAUAAACAUGUGAACGGUAUAGAUAAAAUAAAGUAUAUAGAUGAUACAGAAGAUGAAGGGAAUGGAGCAUCAGAUAGACUUCUAUCUACUGAUCAGGAUAACCAAGACCAUUCGACAUCAUUAUCUGAUGUAGUGUUAGAUAAACUAGAACAACGAUUAUCACCUAUAGAUGAGGAGAAAGCUCCUAUGUUACCAAAAUAA